AUUGACUCUGUAUCAUGGCAUUUCUUUGGACACCUCUGGAGACAAAUGCGACCUCUGUCCUUAGUCUUUCCUUCACUUUUUUGCAACUCUUUUUAGCGAUAAUUUUAGCUUUUACUGCUGGUCGUAAGCUGCCAUCGUUGGAGAAGUGGAUAAUUACGUGGUUAUUGUAUGAUGCGAUGACACAUUUUACACUGGUGGGUGUAAAUUUUGGCACUAUAUAUGACUUUGUUCAAAUCAUGGACGGAAGGGAAUAAAAAGUUUAAAAGGAGAUAAUUGGAAACCAGUAGAAACAAGCAGCAAAAGGAAGGUCAAGUCAGAUAAGAAAAAAUAAAUGUUUUUACGUUCUUCCCAAGAAAAAGUACUCAUAGCCAAUGCAUGAAUUUCUUUGUAGGGAUGGACCAAUUGGAAAAUUAUUCUAGAAUGUGGCAUUCCCAAGCCACAUGAAUGUGCCAUAUUUUUUCCAAAAAUUUUCCUUAAACUCUCUGUGGAGGAAAUGUUUUUCAAGGCAGUGCACUAUUAAAUUUGUUAGAAAUUGUUCAUGACAUUAACUUUCUGUACCCCCCCCUCCCUCGUUUUUUAUGGUCCAUCCCAAAUAAAAUAAGAAUCAAAAAGCAAUUUUCACCGAAUAGCAUAAGUUCAUGUGAGGAAAAGGCAAGGAACCUUUUCCCUAUGAAAACAUUAGCUCGUGUUUGUAUUAAAUCUACGAAAAAAACCUUUUUACAUUUUCUUUUUCCAAAGGAAGGACCAUUUGUGUACUUCUCUCUAACUGGAAGUGUUAAUAACUCCAGCCACAUUCUGGCUGAAUUGUGUGAGUACCGGUAACUACACUAUCAGUGUUGGUGAAUGAUACUUUUUAUUAACUUCAAUGUCUGUCAUUGGUUCCAGUUGCUGUCAAACCAAACAGCUUCCUCAUGUUAGAUAUGAUUACAAAUUAAUUCUGAUUUUAGGGAAGGAAUAUGGCAAAGCUGAUUCAAGGUGGCUACACUCUGAUCCAACAAUUGUUUCACUAGAGAUUCUGACAGUCUUUCUCACAGGACCAUUAGCUUUGUUGUUGAUUCAUGCCAUUUCUUACAACAAACAUUACAGGUCUGUCUUGAUAUUUAACCCUUUACACCCUAAGAUUGGUAUUCAUAUUCUCCACACUGCUCUCUUUGCAGAUCCUAUGCAACUGAUUAGGAGAAUUUGUUAGACUAUCAGAAGCUUCUUAAAUUGCUGAUCAUUUCCUUUAUACUCAUGACCCUGACAUUUUAUUCAAGGGUGAUAUUGUAUGGAGAAAUUAGAUGCCAGUCACUGUUUGGGAAAUUAGAAGGAAAUAGAGAUCAAAACCAACAUGAAAUCGGUAUACCCAAAGAUGUCAAAAGUGGCCCCUAUUUGAAAGCUGUAACAUAUCAAGAUGAAGUUUGAGAUUGUGCCAUUGAAAGAAUCACUAAAGAAACAUUUUCUUUUCUUAUCACAAUUGUUCUGAGGUUGAAUCCAAUACUUGCAGGUAGAGGUUUUCUGGACAAAUAGUUAUGCAGUUCCAUUGAUUUUUUUGUUGUAAUAUACAAGGAUUUAAGCUAAAUAACAAAAAAAUUUGCAAAAUUUUGCAAACAUACACAAGGUGAAAGGUAGGGUUGUUACAGACACCAACACUUUCAGAAUAGAGACCAUAAAAAUGAAUGAAUGAGUUAUUGCAGUAGAAAAUAUAUGCACAUAAUCAAAAUGUUUGGCAUCAUUGAAGUUGAUUUGUUUCACAUCAUUUCAACAGACAUUUUGUACAGAUCACUCUCUGUGUUUGUGAGCUGUAUGGAGGUAUAGUAAUUGUCAUUUCUUGUCUAUCUGCUUAUGAUGUACAAUUUUAUUCUCCUUCUACAUUGAUAAAUGAUAAAUGUUGCAACAAUUAUUUCCGUUAAUAGGGAUCAUUAUUUUUUCCAGGUUGGAUGACAUUUUGUCCUGAAUGGUUGGUAGGCAGCCCUAGUUUAGACACAAGCUCUGCUUUGUACCUGUGGUGCUAUUUAGUAUUUUUUAAUGGUUUGUGGGUCAUUAUUCCUUUUCUCCUUUUAUGGCAUUCUUGGAAGGAAAUGGAAGAGCUGCUCACUGGUAAAACAUCAGCAACAACCCAAAAGAAAAAGACAUGA